CGGGAAAGUCCUCUGGUCUAGAUGAUAGGCUUAGAGGCUUAGUCUUACUUUUAAGUGUUUUUGUCUUGUUACAUUGCAGAACGCUUUUAGCUACAAAGGUUCCUAAUAUGAACUGCUCAGCCAAUCGCAACGAAGACCUGGCAGAAGGGGCGGGUUCUACCUGAAUACAGGUGGGAUAAGGAUGAUCUCCGCCACGCUUCGCUCGAGCCUCUUCUGAGCGCCGCAAAUCCGGGGAUAGUUCUCGUCGAGAGAGGCUUGCACCUCCCCCGUCCCGCCGCGCGGCGAAAUCCCGCCGCUUUUCCGGACCGGUAUUUUCUCUCCGGAGCUUCAGGAACGUCGUUAUUCAGAGUGCAAUCAGACGCAACGCUCUCGGGACUUGUUACGGCACCGGAUUCUAUUGAUUUUGUAUCUAUUUUGGCGCGUGAGGGUCGACUACAAUAGUUACGUGCACGGAAGACGUCAUCACGAAAGGUCAACAUGACCCGCGUUGUUAUUACCUGUGAGACAAGUCUCGUGCACAUGUCUCCGCGCGGUUCUGCCUCGCGCCCCGCAGAGCCGCCGCGCCAGCUCGGUUCCUCGCGCACCGUCUGACCCCCCCUCCUUCUUCUUCCUCCCUCCCUUCAUCCCUUCAUCUUCCUCCUCCUCCUCUUCCUCCUCUCAGCGGGAUGAGCGCGGCGGAGCUGGAGCGCGUGUCCCUGCGCUCCGCGGGCGCCACCUCGGCGAGCUCCGGCGGCCGCGCGCUCUCCGCCAACGUGAAGCGUCUGCACGACGCGCUGCACGCGCUGCUGGGCGACGCGGAGCGCGAGCAGUUCGUGCACUGCCUGAACGCGUACCACGCGCGGCGCAACGUGUACGACCUGGUGCGCACGCUGCGCGUGAUUCUGGACACGCCACGCAAACGGCAGCUGCUGCCCAUGCUGCGCCUGGUCAUCCCGCGCGCCGACCAGCUGCUCUUCGACCAGUACACGAGCGAGGGGCUCUACCUGAAGAGCGAGCUGCUGGAGGAACCCGGGAGCGCGCCGAGCGAUAGCGCGGAACCGGAGCCCUGCGCGCGAACCCCGUCCGUGCACUUCAGCCCCGCGCACGUGCUGCCAGACUUCAGCACCGCGCACGAGCGGACAGCGCCCUCGCUGACGGAGGCGCGCGACGAGGUGCGCCAAGUGACCCUGAAGCGCAGCAAGAGUCACGAGGGUCUGGGCUUCAGCAUCCGCGGCGGGUCCGAGCACGGGGUGGGCAUCUACGUGUCUCUGGUGGAGCCGGGAUCUUCCGCGGAGAGAGAGGGGCUGCGCGUGGGGGACCAGAUCGUCACUGUCAAUGAAGUGGUGUUUGACCGGGUCACACACGGAGAAGCAGUGAAGGUGCUGAAAGGCUGCAAGAAGCUCUCCAUGACCGUCUGUUCGAUGGGGCGGAUCCCCGGAGGCUACGUGACCAAUCACGUGUACACGUGGGUUGACCCUCAGGGGCGCAGCGUCUCCCCACCCCCAGACCUGGUGGAGCACGUGAACGGAGCAGGAGGACGGCUCACCGACAGCCAGAGACGUGGACACACACACUCACCACACCAGGGGGCAGAGAGGAGGGUCAACAUCUCCUUGGAUGACGGUCUUCCUCUGGGUCUGAUGAUCCGCGGGGGAGCGGAAUACGCCCUGGGCAUCUACAUCACUGGAGUGGACCGAGGAUCUGCUGCAGAGUACGGAGGACUGAAGGUUGGAGAUCAGAUCCUGGAUGUGAAUGGUCGCAGUUUCCGCAGUAUUGCUCACGACGAAGCCGUCCACAUCCUUAAGAUCUCCCACCACAUGCUGAUGACCAUAAAGGACGUGGGUCGGCUCCCUCAUGCCCGCACCGUGGUGGACGAGACCAAGUGGAUCUCCAGCCCGAAAAUCGCUGAGAGUUCAGCCAGUGUGUCUGUACAGAGUCUGACGGUAGAUGUCGGGGCUGGAAGUUCAGCAAAGACGGUGUGUUGUAAAGGUGUGGCCGGCCCACCUUUGGCACCAGCGCUGGUGGGAGCACGGAACUCUCUGGAGGAACAGGCUUAUCUGCUGCUAACAGAGACCGAGAGACAGACCCUCAGCUACUACAUACAGGAGUACCAGCACGGCCAUAUCGGAGUGGAGCCUCUAGCCAUGGCUUUGUUCGAGCUUUUUAACACACAUGCAAAGCUCACCCUGCUGGCGGAGGUGCGCAUGCUCAUCGCCGUGCAGGAUCUGGAGCGCUUUGACGGGCAGGUGCUGCACCGUGAGAUGGAGGCAUGGAGGGCGAGGCAUGGGGGGCUUGGCCUUCUGCACCCCGACUCCAUCUGCAUCUCUCACCCCGAGAGCCACGGCCUGACUGCCUGCCAGCUGACUGCUCCAGCCACAGGCUAUGCUAAGAACGAGUGCCGGAUGGAUGGAAGCAUGGGAACAGGACCUGCCGGCGCUCUGAAUGCCCUGCCGGAUAUAGCUUUGGACGAGGUGCAGUCUUCAUCAGAGUCGCCCCCUAAUUUCAGACCCCCGCCGCCUCCCCCCGGUCCCGCAGCCGUCAGACACGGCAGCCCCAAAGGCCAGAUCAAACGACCCUCGUCCAAACUCUCCCACACCAACCUGCUCUUCUCCACCCCCUGCAGGAUGCACCAGGACACCAACCACCCCCAGAACCACGUGCACCCCCACACCCACUCGCCCACUUCAGUCCACACCUCGCCAUGCACCAUCCACCACACCACCUCACCCUGCUCCAUCCGUGCCUCUCCGCCCCCCUGCUCCCUCCAUCACUCCUCCCCCUGCUCUGUUCACCGCAAUAUUGCCCCCCCAGUCGGACCCCCGGCCAAAGACCUGGUCCAGUUUCUCAUGAGCCGGCAGGCGGCUGUGCUGUCCCCGCACCCGGAGUCCCCCAGCCAGUCUCGGACAGGCACCCCCACCCCCAGCCUGUCUCCUCGCUCGUCUCCGUCCCUCUCGCCCUCGCUGCUGAUGCCAGCUCCGCCCCCCUGCAGCCCGGAGAAGAUGGAGACCUCCGGCAUGGCUCCAUCUCCAAGCCCCAGUUCAUCUCAGAUCCACAGACUCAACCCAGAGCCAGAGGGAGGGGAGGAUUGUCCACAAACACAACCUCGAGGUGCCACUCUCUCGCAGCUGUCGGACAGUGGACAGACUCUGAGUGAGGACAGUGGGGUGGACAUUGCGGAGGCGGGGGGGUUGAGUAAGGAUAGCAGCCCCAGGCCUGGGCAACCUUCACCUCAGCAGGCUUCAGGAAACCUGAGAGGAACAGACGGAUCUGGACAGGCCUCCAGCCUCCAGCAGACAGGGCUACCUGAGCCUACUCUGGUACGAGUGUCCAAGAGUGCCAAUACAUUAGGCAUAGCAGUGGAGGGAGGUGCGAACACGAGACAGCCUCUGCCUCGCAUCGUCACUAUACAGAAGGGUGGCUCGGCGCACCUCUGCAGACAGUUACGGGUGGGACAGGUGAUUCUGGAGGUGAACGGCGUGUCCCUCAAAGGCAUGGAGCAUCGAGACGCAGCGCGCCUCAUAGCCGAGGCCUUCAAGACCAAAGAGAAGGAUUACAUCGACUUUCUGAUCACAGACUUCAAUACCUCCCUGUAGAGGAUGACAGAGGAGCAGCAGAUGAAUAGAAUAGAUGUCUGAGGUUGCGCACAUCGUUUUGCCCUGAUAAAGAACUCUGUGUCAUUAUAUUCAAUGGGAAAAAUGAAUGGCUUUUUCAGAAAAUUGCCCCGUUCAGUGGUGUGGUAAAAUGUUCUCAAGCUGAUGAUACAUAUUCAAUUUUUCUAUAUUUCUUUGAACUAUGCUGGUACAGCAUUUCCAUUUCACAUAUAAGGCACACCAGAUUAUAAGGCGCAUUAAGCAACACUAGCAACAGUAGGAAUGCGUACCUGAAGUGAACAAGGGUGUCGCCAUGUUUCCCUUCUAAUUUAGGCAGGUCUCGCACUGGGGGAAGCACCUAAAUAAACAAAACUGUAAUUAUUAUAAAAAAAAAACAUCUUUUAAAGUCAAACGAGUGCUACAAAGAUUUUUUUCCUUGAAAACGGUUUAUUUUGGUGUGUAAAGAGCUUCCGUUUAUGUACAGUAAGCUUGGAAUUCUAGUAUUUUGUCCAAGGGUGAGUGCUAGCCACGGUUAGCAAGCGCUUAGCCAGCGCCAGUUAGCUUCACUAGCCAGUAGCGGUUAGCAGAGGAAGACAAAUCACUGAGUGGCUUUACUGCUCGACUGCUUUACUGUCGAUUUUUGGGAAAAUUAAAGGAAAACUGUUUAUUUUGGUGAGUAAAGUGCUUCCGUUUAUUUACAGUAAGCUUAGAAUUCCAGUAUUUUGUCCAAGGGUGAGUGCUAGCCGCAGUUAGCAGUGUUAGCCAGCCACAGUGAGCUAGCUGUUGUAAGCAGCACUAGCAGCACCUUGAAUAUGAAUUCUACCGGUUAGGUUAUAAAGAGCAGUAAAGCUAGUCUGCUGAAGUACAGCAUUAUGAGGGAGUUUCAUUGAAGUGAACAGUGCAGUGUCAUUACCAUUAGCUGCUAACCACAACGCUAGACAGCCCCAGUAAGCAGCGCGAGCUAGCCGUGGUUAGCAGCGCUAGACAGCUGUGGUUAGCUCUAGUAAAUUCCCUCUGAUAGCAGUAGAUUGAGGAACCCUGAGUGUUCCAGUAAGCCAGGGUGCUAUCAGCUAGCGGUUCAUCCCAUGUAGCUUCUUUUAAUAUGGUAAAUACACAGACUACCAAUUAUGUUUUAAGGAGCAGUAAAGCUCCUCCGCUGUAGUACAGUGUUAUGAGGGAGUUUCAGUGAAGUAAAAAGUGGAGUGGCGUUCCUAUUAGCUGCUAACCACAGCACUAGCCUGCCCCAGUAAGCAGCACUAGACAGUUGCGGUUAUCACUAGUAAAUGCCCCCUGAUAGCGGUAGACAUGAGCGGCUUUAACAGCUGGCGGUUAAUCCCAUUUAGUUUGUUUUAACACGGUAAGUGUGCAGACUACAGUCCGAUAUGCUCACCUCUGAACAGUGAAAGAACUAGCGCUGCAGUUAGCGGCUAAUGCUAAUGCUGCUGCACUGUUCACUUCACUGAAACUGCCUCAUAAUGCUUUACUUCAGUGGAGUGGCUUUACUGCUCCUCACAACCUAACCAGUAGAAUUCAUAUUCAAGUGCAUUAUCGAUUGUUGGGAAAUUGAAAGUAUUAAAAUAAUUUUUGUAGUCUAAAAAAUACAGUACAUUGUUUGUCAAUAGAAUGGAAUAUCUGAUUGAUUCUCAUUGCUUCUAAGCACUUUGUAGUUCUAUAAAAAUUACAGACUGUGGGCAAGUUUUUCAUAGGGCAGUAGCUUGAAAAUUCCAUUCAUUUUUCCCAUAGAAGCAAAGAAGGAAAGGAUGGUGAGCUAUAAAAUAUAAAAUUCGUCCUCAGAGGCCUUCAAGCUGGAGAGACGCUGCACUUUAUUGAAUCUGAACGGAGCAGACUGGAAGGACGUAUGCAGUACAGCGUUCCCCGACUGGAAUCAAAACUGAUUUGAAUCAAAACUGUCAUUUAACUUCCCUGAUCAACCCAACCUCCACCUGUCGGAACAGCCGAUUAGACAGACUUUUUAUUAGGGUCAGAAUAAUGACCGCAAAUCUCCUUUCCCAUUUUUUCCUUGCGAUGUUUGACUACUACUAGCACUCCACUCAUUCCAUGAUGAUUUCCCCUGUGGAAGGCUGCCAGUGUUUACGAUGCAGUGUAAUGUGUAAUGUGAUGGGAACAGUAGAUGUUUUUAAUGCUGGUUAAUAAAAAAUCUGUCUCACAGCACAGCUCACAGAGUGGCAAACUGAGGACUCAAGCCUCCUCUGUGCCUCCUGCUCAAGGACGCCCCAGUGCAGGCCGGAGACAGAUUGUGGGAGUAAAUGGGUAGUGCUUAAAAUCCACUUUGUUUGAGUAUGACUUUCAUUGGUGGCUGGUGGCGGCUCGCCCUACAUUUCACUCUCUUGCGCCCUUCUUCUAAAGAUAGUGGAGAGUUUAUAGCACUUUGGACCAUAGCGACUGUUGUAAACGGUCGAAACCAAAUGACCUAGGGUACAGAAAUCGUAGGCUAGCAGUGCAGGUAGUUUAGUAUCAUGUUUGUAGACUCACUGGCCAAAAAAUAAUGGACCAAGAUGUUAAGAGUUGUGGGGAAAAUGGUAUAACUGAGGUACAAAAGAGGCUCUAGUGCCCUGUUGGGAUGCCUCUACAUUUACCGACAGAUGUUGCAGCUGGGCCUGUAGAUCUUGUUCUACACUCAUAGGUUGUUACACUGGCAUCCCAACUGAUCCCACAAAUGCUUGAUUGGUGGUGAAUCUGGCAACAUCUAUGGGUAAAUGUGCAGCAAUAUGCCUUUAAGGACUUAUAUACCUCCAUUCCCAACCGUAUCUUCUCUUUUUGAAUCCAGGCUAGAGGUAUACAGGUGAUAGUUGCCGUCUUGCAGCACAUUUGAACACAGAAGUUGCAGUUGGACCAGUAGAUCCUGCUCUACACUCAUAGGUUGUUACACUGGCAUCCCAACUGAUCCCACAAAGGUUGGAUUUAUGGUGAAUCUGGCAACGUCUAUGGGUAAAUGUGCAGCAAGAUGCCUUUAAGGACUUGUAUACCUCCAUGCCCAACCUUAUCUUCUCUUCUUGAAUCCAGGCUAGAUAUAUACAGGUUUCAUAUGGCAUCUUGCAGCACAUUUACCCACAGAUGUUUCAGCCGGCCCUAUCGAUCCUGCUCUACAUUGGUAGGUUGCUGAUGUUGGCAUGUCAGCUGGUCCCACAAAUGCUUAAUUGGUGGUGAAUCUGGCAACAUCUCUGGGUAAAUGUGAAUCAAGACGCCAUAGACAACUUGUAUACUUCCAUGCCCAACCAUAUUUUCCCAUCUUGAAUCCAGUCUAGAGGUAUACAGGUUCCAGAUGGCAUUUUUCAUCUGAUUUACUCACAGAUGUUGCAGUUGGAACUGUAGAUCCUGCUCUACACUCAUAGGUUGUUACACUGGCAUUCCAACUGGUCCCACAAAUGCUUGAUUGGUGGGUAAUCUGGCAACAUCUCUGGGUAAAUGUGAAUCAAGACACCAUAGACAACUUGUAUACUUGCAUGCCCAACCGUAUCUUCUCAUCUUGAAUCCAGGCUAGAGGUACACAUGUUAUAGUUGCCGUCUUGUGGAACAUUUAAGAUCCUGCUCUACACUCAUAGGCUGUUGAAGCUGACAUGUCAGCUGGUCCCACAAAUACUUGAUUGGUGGUGAAAAUCCUGCAUAUACUGCAGAGCUGUUAGUGUCCCUCAUAUCACUACUAGGGGUGACUGACUGUGGUAUACGAUCACACCAGCAGUUUGAGCUUCCAUACUCAAACCUGAAUCGAAUCCCAAAAAGAAUCUGGAUUUAAUGCUGAAGUCGAAAUAGCUGAUUGGCCCAAAGAUGGCCAAGGUUGCGGCCGAUUGGUCGAUACAACCUUAUAGGUUCUUCUCUCAGUCCAAUGACGUGCCCCCUCUUAAGAGUGCAUCGUAAAGAGAGCAUGUCUAGCAGUCAACAAUCUCUCACCAGGAGGUACACUACCCAAAAGUAGCCUCUGAUAGACUUAAUGGUGGUCUAACUAAUUAAAACACACCUGUUAUCAGUUUUUCUCAGUUCAGGGUGGGGUUUUUUUUGGUCAGGGAGUGUAAAAUCAUCAUAAAUCUUGGCAAUAAAUCUCAUAAAUCUCAUUAUACGAGAGUUUUAAGUCUUUUCAACACUUCUGUCAGUUUCAGACAAUCCAAGAUCAAAUUUAAUUUUAAGAUGGGUUGACUCACUAGAUGUUAUUUCUUGCAGCGUAGAUGAAGCCAUGAGCUGCUUAUCCUCCAGUUUAAAUGAGAUUAUAACUGGAGAGAGGAAUUAUAAUCAGCUGUGGCCGAGCAGGACGGCCUGUAGUUGAAGAAGACUUGGCUUUUUCACUUCAUUUCACUUCCACUUCCUCUCGUUUUCUUAUCGUACGCUUUCUAGUUUUUAUCUCUUUAGCCUCAAAGGCCUCCCAUAUCAAAACGGCGAUGCUCAAAGCAAUGACGGGUCUAUUUUUAGAGCCACCUGUGAUGAGAUAGAUAAUGGGAUGAUAACGUGAUCGAGAUGCUGAGAUGUUUCUAUCAGUAUUUUUUGGAACAGAUCAUUAUGAUGUACAGUUCAAUCAUACUGUAUAUGGUUUUUAUUUUGAUUUGUAUAAAUGCAUGUCAUGCCCCCAUAUGAAAUAAUAACCCUAUAGAACAUGCAGAGCAUUUAUUGUACAUAUGAAAAUAUAUAUAAAUAUAUAUAUGUAUAUAAAUAUAUAAAGGUGUAUAUAUCAACUUUAUUUAUCUAAUCUUGUGAGGUUUUGUUUUUUAAAUUACACAGUCGCACUGUUUGAUGCCAUGAUUUGAUGGCAUUAUCAAAUACCCAAUGACUCCUAUAAAUAUAUAUUCUGUAUAUGUAUGUAAUUAACCAAAUCCUUAAUUAUUAGGACAGCAGAGCUGUUUCUUCUUCCACAGAGUGUCCACCAGAGUGACCACAUCCAUUUCUGCAAUAUGUAAACCCAGAAUCAAACCAACUCAUUAAAACAACAUGGUUUUCAA